UCAGUGUCAUUUCUGUUUCAAGACACGAAUGGUGUAAAUGUCUUAUCUCAGAUGUUUUAUAAUACGUUUUAUUAUAAUUAAUUAAUGCCACAAUUUUUAUUUCGCUCAGAGACUUUUAUUUUGAAGAAAGGGAAAUCUGUCGUCGGUGUCGGUAACGUUUUCCGGAAUGGUCUGUCCUCACAUCGAAAUGCUUCUAACUGCUUAAAUACAUUUGCACGUGAAAUUCAAAUUAUUUAUUAAAAUACGGAAUUGUUAGAGUGCUGGUGACGAGAGAAGCCUUUUAUUCAGUCAUGUUUAGGCACUGCAGGACAUUUUCACAUUGUGUCUUAAAAAAUGAUGUGCUUUCAAAACAAGUCGGAAUUCUUUUGCCCUGGUCACCAUUCACAUGUACUGCAUCCUCACGUACUCAUUCUACCAACAUCAAGAUGCGCUCCUACUUACAGUACAUGAAAAGGAAAGUCAAAGGUGUACCAGCUCCUCCAUACGACCAUGUUUGUCAGGUUGGAGAUCCUGUAUUACGUUCACAGGCUGCGACAGUGGAUCCUGAAGCCAUCCAGGGCCCAGAAGUGCAGAAGGUCAUAAAGACCCUGGUCAAGGUGAUGAGGAAGCUUGAGUGUGUCGGCCUGAGUGCACCCCAGAUUGGUGUUCCUCUACAAAUAUUAGCUUUGGAAUAUCCAAAGAAAAUGCUGGAGGACAGCUCAAUCACUUCUAUUGAAGCUCGGGGGCUGGUGGCAGUGCCUCUUAUGAUUUUUGUAAACCCUCGAUUACGUGUACUAGAUGGACGCACUGUCGUCUUCCAAGAGGGCUGUGAAAGCAUCUGUGGGUUUUCAGCAUCUGUUCCACGCUAUGUGUCUGUUGAAGUUUCAGGUCUUAAUGAGAAAGCAGAGCCUGUCAGCUGGCAUGCGAGUGGAUGGCCUGCCAGAAUACUGCAGCAUGAAAUGGAUCAUCUUAAUGGAGUGUUAUAUAUUGACCGUAUGGACAGUAAAACCUUUAUCAAUGUAAAAUGGGAAGAGUAUAAUGAAUAAAACUUUAUUACAACUAAA